ACAAUAACCAAUAGUCAUGCCAUCAGGUGCAAAGAAGAGAAAAGCCGCCAAGAAAAAGAAGGAGAAAAAGGCCAACAACACCAGCUCCGUAACUCAUGGAGAUGAUGAUUUGAAACACCAUGAUGAGAAGGAGAGUGAUGGUGGGGAGGUUAGCUCUCCUGCAUCACAAGACCACCAUAACCACCAGCAUCCAUUUACUGAGGGAGAAGAGGAAGAGGUGGAGAAGAGAGAAAUCAAAGUGGAAGGUGUUGUUCAGAUUGAUAGGGAAGCAAAGUCUGCACAUGAAUCUGAGAGCAAGGAUAUAAGGAUUGAGUAUGCUGAGGCUGCACAUGAAAAACACACGUCUAGUAGCUCUAGUAGUAGCAGUUCGGAUGAUGAAUCGCAUGUUGAGAAGGCAGUAGUGGUGGAAACAGCCCCUUUUGUUGAUGCCGUGUCCAAAGUGGUAACUCAUAGCGUUCCAGUUGGAAACACAUGUAAUUCAGUUGUGGACAAUGCUCCUGUUGUAGCUACAGAAAGGGUUUCAUUGUUAGAAGAGGUGGCUCACAUAAAUGAGAGUGCUUCUGUUACUUCUGAUGUGGAUGAGCCAGGGUUAGAGGAAAAUGGGGAGAAAAAGUUACCCCAAUUGGAGGAGAAUGUUGGGGUUUCAAUAGUUGCUAUAGAUUUGGAAUCACAGGGAAAGGAGAAUGAAGUCGUUUCAACAUCAGAUGGGAUUUCUGUAGCGUCUUUGGAUGCCAGGGGCCUUGCAGCACAAGAGAAUGAUAAUAAAAUGUUGGUUUCGUACAAUGCUCCAGGAGCUGAUACCAGUAAUGGUGCAGAACAUCUUAAAGAUCCCAAGGUUCCUGAAUGCUCGGAUAUACAGCCUCAGGGGGAUUCAGCUCCAAGACCUGUGCAAACAACUUCCUGGAAUAGCUGCUGUGGGCUGUUUGAGUUGUUGACGGGAUCCAAUAGUUGAUUUCAGGCAAUAGAUAUUAAGAGCGAAUUGUGCGUAGCAUAUUUUCUCUGAUGCAGAAGCAGAGCAUAAAGGAGCUUGUGUGGACAAUGAAGCUUGUGGAAGUCUAAAAAGGAUUUGGAUCAUAGAAGCCUAUGUAGUUCCCUUUCUAUGUUUUCAUCCUGAAAAAUAAUGAGAGGUCCGACAUAGCGACAAACUCAUGUUUUUCUGUAGUACAAGUAUUAUCUUGGAAGGCAGCUCAGAGGUCUUAGUUUCCAUGGCUGCUUUCAUGUUGAUUUUGCAGUGGGUAUUCUUUUUCUUUCUUCUUGGUGUGUCGUAUCUUUUUCUUGAAGAAGACGUUUCAUAUUGGAUAGGAAACUGUAAAAUGCGAAGUUUUACAACUUUUCACUAUGAGAUUUAUUUCUCCCUCCCUUUGUGUUGACGAUUUGCUAUAGAGAUUUGAUGAUAGUGGGUUAACAUGAGUAGCGUUUGAUUAUCAUUUAACCUUAUGACUUCGUAUUCUUUAGAGUGCAGAUCCAUGUUACUAUACCUUGGUGUAUUGUGUAGUGGUUGGUGAUG